AUGGUUGUGACUUUGUAUCCGCACCAGAAUAAACCGAUUCCGCAGUGGCCCUUUCAAAUCUCUAUCAACACGCUGCUCUCUAUAUACGGUUUUGUGUUGAAGCUGGCGAUUCCGGUUGUUGUUGCGUCAUGCCUGGGCCAAUUGCAAUGGAGCUGGUUUGUACGUGAACGACCACUUCUAGACCUGGUACGAUACAACUCGGCAGCAAAUGGAGCGCUCGGGUCUUUGCAAUGGUUGUGGUCCAACCAUAUACGUGAGCCUUUGACAGCUUUUGGAGCGAUCAUCACUAUUUUUUCUAUUGUCAUCGAUCCCUUUAUACAGCAGCUGGUCCUCUAUGAAGACUGCUCUACUAUUACGAAUUCAACCGCAUCCAUACCACGUACAAAUCACUUUGAAUCUUCCGGUGCGCACUCGGGACCAUUGGAAGAGACCAUCGAGCCUGGUGUCCAGAAUGCUAUCAAUUUAGGACUAUUUGGGUCACAGGAAACCAUCACCCCAAACUGUCCCACUGGAAACUGUACAUUUCCUCCGCAAUAUGCAUCCCUUGGGUACUGCAGCGCAUGUCAAGAUAUCAGCGAUCAAAUUAACGUUACUUUUGCUUUCAUAAAUCACUCCUACACACAAAAUACCGACCCAAAUCUUUUCAUUUCGACCUCACCAUCAGGGCUUUCCACCAUAUGGGAUAAUUAUGGAAAUGACGAUUCGCGUCAGAUCCUCUUUGCUGGCGCCGCCGUACAAAACGGAACCCAAUGGAUGCGAAGCUCCAGGCGCAAACAACACUUUGUGGCAAUGCCGUCUUGCGAAUGCUGUCAGCUGCAGUUUCGAGCCCUGUGUCCGCGCAUUGACUCGUCGAGUCUCUAUCUACACCAGGACGAAAGUGGCUCUGCCCCCAGAUACGGCCUUGUGGACACACAGUGUAUUUCCGACCAUCAAAAAGCAAAUUUGACCCAAUUGGGCUACGAAGUCACCGGUCGAUGGCUUGGCUACAACAUCACUUUUGAUUCGGUAGCGCUGGAUGAGAUUAUCCCGAGCAACGAUACCGAUGUGCCAUUCCCAGAGUCCCUCUAUACACGGCAAUGCGUGUAUGCCAUAAACUACGAGUUUCCGGGUAGUUUAUGGGGCGACUAUCUAUGGAAACUUUUCACUGGCAAUUUGACCGGUGAGCUUCUAGAUGCCACUAUGAUUGGUGAAGUGAACGGCCCCCAAUCAUUGAAAACGUUGUACAACAACAGUUUCACGGAUUUCCAGUCAAUCGAUAGUGCCGUCCAAAACAUGGCCGAAUCACUGACGAAUUAUAUGCGCCUUACAGGACAUGUCAAUUAA